CACCGACUGGGCUUCUGCUCAAGGUUACAGAAGUUGGACUCUUUCUCUGGCCCCCAUUUGGAACCAACUCCAUUGCCUUCCAGGUGCUUAAUAAGCAUACACUUGGUGUCCUAUUGACUUCUGGGGGACAAACCAGAAACCCGGAGGGACUGGGAGUCUGGGAGUCUUCGUUCUUCUGCAUCCCUUCGUGAUUCUCCCAAACCAGGAUCCCCGGGGCUUAGAGCCCAGCAGGGUUCUUGGCACAUAGUAGGCACUCAGAUUGUGAUUGGACUGCUGUAGGGACCCCAAGGGAAACCCUAAGGAGCAAAACAGGAUGACCGAAUAUAACACACUCCUGGCCCCUCUCCUGGACUUCCCUCCCUCUGAAGAAUGCCCAGAAGCUUCUCAGGGAGGCACUUGCCAGUUUAGACAUCCCAAGCACUCAGGGGCAGCUCUGGCCCCUGCCUCUUGUCAUCAGCAUAAUGCAUCCAUAUCUACAAUAUGGCAAAUUUCAUAUCCUUUCACCCUCUUUCCUGCAUUAUUGAUGGGCUGUGCACUUUAAAAAGAAAUCAAUUAGAUCAGGGUGUGGAGCUGGAGUCAAAAGAGAAAAGCCUUUAAAAGUCCGUUCUUCUGGUUUCUGCUGUUUUGAAUAGGAGCAGAUAAAGCUUCCCCUCUUGGUUUGAAUAAGUCAAGCCCAGGGCUAGGUUGGCUGUGAUUGGCCAGGACUGGGAAAAUGAGGUUAAGAUGCAAACACAAGCAAAUAUAACGCAGCGUCUGCAGCCAUUACUAAGCUAAGGCAGCAGGACCUGGCGCCUCCCGCCUUGGGGUGGUUUUCUGACACUGCUGCUCCUUGCCCGGAGACUCAGAAGACGCGGCAGGAGAGAAGGCACGUCCUGGGAAGACAAGCACCAUGUCUCUGAGCAGCGCCUUCAGGGCUGUGGGCAACGACCCUGGGAUCAUCACCUGGAGAAUAGAGAAACUGGAGCUGGCGCUGGUACCCCAGAGUGCCCAUGGCAACUUCUAUGAGGGGGACUGCUACGUCAUCCUCUCGACACGGAGAGUGGGCAGCCUCCUCUCCCAGGACAUCCACUUCUGGAUCGGGAAGGACUCCUCCCAGGAUGAGCAGACCUGCGCAGCCAUCUACACCACACAGCUGGAUGACUACCUGGGGGGCAGCCCCGUGCAGCACCGAGAGGUCCAGUACCACGAGUCUGACACCUUCCACGGCUACUUCAAGCAGGGCAUCAUCUACAGGAAGGGGGGCGUGGCCUCCGGGAUGAAGCAUGUGGAGACCAACACCUAUGACGUGAAGCGGCUGUUACACGUGAAGGGGAAAAGAAACAUCAGGGCCACCGAGGUGGAAAUGAGCUGGAACAGUUUUAACCAAGGCGAUGUCUUCUUGCUGGACCUUGGGAAGGUCAUCAUCCAAUGGAAUGGCCCAGAAAGCAACAGCGGAGAGCGCCUGAAGGCUAUGCUUCUGGCAAAGGAUAUUCGGGACAGGGAACGAGGGGGCCGUGCUGAAAUAGGCGUGAUUGAGGGAGACGAGGAGGCAGCAAGUCCGGAGCUGAUGAAGGUCCUUCAGGACACCCUUGGCCGGCGCUCUAUUAUCAAGCCUGCCAUGCCCGAUGAGAUCAUGGACCAGCAGCAGAAAUCAAACAUCAUGUUGUAUCAUGUCUCGGACUCAGCUGGGCAGCUGGUGGUCACAGAGGUAGCGACAAGGCCCCUGGUCCAGGACUUACUGAACCAUGACGACUGCUACAUCUUAGACCAAAGUGGAACCAAGAUCUACGUGUGGAAAGGAAGAAGAGCCACAAAGACUGAAAAACAGACGGCCAUGUCUAAAGCCCUGAACUUCAUCCAGAUGAAGGGCUACCCUGGCAGCACCAAUGUGGAGACCAUCAAUGAUGGUGCUGAGUCGGCCAUGUUCAAGCAGCUGUUCCAGAAGUGGGCAGUGAAGGACCAGACCGUGGGCCUGGGGAAAACGUUUGGUGUCGGCAAAAUCGCUAAAGUUCUCCAGGAUAAAUUUGAUGUGACUUUGCUGCAUACCAAGCCGGAGGUCGCUGCCCAGGAAAGAAUGGUCGAUGAUGGCAAUGGGGAAGUUGAGGUCUGGAGGAUUGAAAACCUGGAGCUGGUCCCUGUGGAGCAUCAGCGGUACGGCUUCUUUUAUGGGGGAGACUGCUAUCUGGUUCUCUACACAUACGAGGUGAAUGGGAAGCCACGCUACAUCUUGUAUAUCUGGCAGGGCCGCCACGCCUCCAAGGAUGAGCUGGUGGCCUCGGCAUACCAGGCCAUGGAGAUGGAUCAGCAGUUUGACGGGGCGCCUGUGCAGGUCCGAGUCACCAUGGGGAAGGAGACCCGCCACUUCAUGGCCAUCUUCAAAGGGAAGCUGGUUAUCUUUGAGGGUGGGACUUCCAGAAAGGGAAAUGCUGAGCCCGAUCCCCCAGUAAGGCUCUUCCAGAUUCAAGGAAAUGACAAAUCUAACACCAAAGCGGUGGAGGUUCCAGCCUUCGCCUCCUCCCUGAACUCCAGUGAUGCCUUUCUGCUACAGACCCAGGCAGAGCACUACCUGUGGUACGGCAAGGGGUCUAGUGGGGAUGAGCGGGCGAUGGCUAAGGAGCUGGCCAGCCUUCUCUGCGAGGGCACCGAGAACACCGUGGCUGAGGGCCAGGAGCCGGCUGAGUUCUGGGACCUGCUGGGAGGAAAAACUGCCUAUGCCAACGACAAAAGGCUACAGCAGGAAAUCCUAGAUGUGCAGCCUCGUCUCUUUGAAUGUUCCAAUAAGACUGGGCGGUUUGUUGUCACGGAGAUCACAGACUUCACCCAGGAUGACCUGAACCCAGGUGAUGUGAUGCUCCUAGAUACCUGGGACCAGGUGUUCUUGUGGAUUGGAGCUGAGGCCAAUGCCAUAGAGAAGGAGAAAGCCCUUGCGACGGCCCAGGAGUACCUGCACACUCACCCCAGCGGCCGGGAUGCGGACACACCGAUCCUGAUCAUCAAACAGGGCUUUGAGCCUCCCAUCUUCACAGGCUGGUUCUUGGCGUGGGACCCUCAUGUCUGGAGCGCAGGGAAAUCCUACAAGCAGUUAAAAGAAGAGCUGGGAGAUGCUACUGCUAUCACGAGAAUCACUGCUGACGUGAAGAAUGCAACCCUCUCCCUGAAUUCUGAGCCAAAAUAUUACGCUAUAGAAGUUCUGCUGAAAAAUCAAAAUCAGGAGUUGCCUGAGGAUGUGAACCCUGCCAAAAAGGAGAAUUACCUCUCUGAACAGGAUUUUAUUUCUGUGUUUGGCAUCACAAGAGGGCAAUUUGCUGCUCUGCCUGGCUGGAAGCAGCUCCAAAUGAAGAAAGAAAAGGGGCUUUUCUAAGGCAAGAAGCUAUAUGCCUAUUGCAAGACCACAGAAGUGAGCAGAUAGUGCCAAGAACAGGAAAGAAUUUAUCUAGCAAUUUUUGCCCAAUAGCAAACUACUUAAUUUAGAUACAGUAUGGUCUGCAAAUCACAGCAUGUUCUUCAUCUUUCUCACCCCUGCAUUCCAUAGUUGUUAUAUACCUAAAAUGUUAACUACCUACUUUUCAAUUUUUGUGGCCUUCCGGCUAAAGUCUCAGCAGAAAGCAGCACCACAACUGCAUGAAUCCAGAGAAGUAAGAGAAAAAAAAUCAACUAAGUUUAAAGUGUUUAAUAACGGGGCAAGGACAUAAGGUUGUUUUAAAUUGUAAGCUCGGUAUUUGCAAAAUCUACUUAACCCACGAAAUCACUGAAGUUAUUUCCAUAUAUACCACAAGGGUAAAAUCCAAAUGCCCAGUUCUGUAUGUGCCAGAUAUUUUUAACUUUUCAAAUAAAGGUAUCUGUAUGAGCAAAGGAGAGUUCUUUUCAGUAUUUGGGGCUUGCCUGUUACAGUAAUUAUUUUG